AUGGGUCCCGAAGAGGGACUCCCGCAAUGGCGGUUCCCAACAGACCAAGCGCCAUCGCCAACCAUCACCGCAUCUCGAGCCUCACUAGCACUAUCGCUAUCGCUGGACCCGCCGCGUCUCUCACUGCCGCGGCUCAGCAGUCCCAUAUUCAGCCACGACUUCCUCUUCGAAACGUGGGGCAUGGGGACACCAGAACAAGAACAUGAACAAGAAGGGGAAGGAGAACAAGAAACAGAAGCACCACUCCCAGCAGUGUCGAUAUUGCGUAACCCGUGGCAACCGCCCCGGUCCUCUCCCGCAGAGCUCCCGACCCAGCCACAACGCCCAGCACACUCUGCCCAGUUACGCUCGACUCCACCAAACCGCCCUUGCGCAAUUGGCGCGGUGCUCAACCACCUCACGGCCGCUGUCAAGAGCAGGCAACUGCGCGAACGCAUCGCGCGGCUGACAAGGGCUCGUGCCAGAGGUUCGGCACCUCCUCCGACGCCCACACCACCCCCGCGGGCCCCCCAGGCCCCCCAUACCGAAGCGCCACCGCCAGACUAUGCCACAGACGUGGCGCACGGGGAGCUCCUCCUCCAGAUCGAGGAUAUGGUGGUUGUGGCCCCGCCGGUGUAUGCGCGCCGCGAGGACCCGCCAGCGUAUCCGGUUCGGGAGGAACCGGCACCGCGAGCGCGCGUCCACUCGUCGCCUCAAGCUGGGGUUGGCGGACAGCACGCUAGCACCACCACCACCAGCGAGAGGAUGUUCCAAACGGCCACUGCCGCCGGGGGGGUUCACCAAUCGGCCACACCGGACAUGCACCAAUGGUUGCAGGAGAGGUACCCCGGUGUCGCGCAGCGAUGGCGCGAGUGUACGGGGCCAUACACCAUCGGGCGGUGGCUGCACGACACGCACCCCGUCGUCGCGCGGCAUUGGGCCGAGCACGAGGCCAUCGCCCUCCGCAUCAACGCCGAGGCGGUGGGCAUGGCGGCCUUUGGGCGUGCGCCUGUCCCGCCCCUGUGCGCGUCCUGUUCACAGAGUCCUCUGCCUGGUCCAUCGCGCUUGGCGGCGUGUGCCUAA